GCAGGAAAGACCCACCCCCCUCAUUGUACGUGAACGUACCCACCCCUCCCUGAACUUACCGACCGUACCUACCUUAGGUGCCUUUACUGUGUAUUUCGCUUGCCUACCUACCAUCGUCAUACCCCUCCAUCGCCCCCGACACCCUUCUCUCUCUAGCCCGAACGAUCCGUCCAUGUAUCGAGGCACCGGAUACCCAUUAUUUUACACGUCGCCAAGGCAAUCGGCUGCAACGCCAGCGCUCGUCAAUCAAUCACACACACAUCACUUGGGAUGCCAGCACUUGACUGCUGUCAUCCUUCUUGUACCCUUGUCUGGCUGGCUCUCUCUCUGCUUUCUGCUCGGCGGGACGGCGCUGCAUCUAUGGGAAUCGUACGCCACAACGGCCUUCACCCAUUUCCAACUUCUCCACAGCCACGUUCUACUGUUCGUUCCCGGCUCGCCGAUGCAUUCCUUGGGCAGGCUUGGCUUUGCGAUAAGCUUCUCGUGGCACUCCAAAUCCAGCAGAUGCCAGAAAGACACCAGAUAGGUAGGUAUAGGUGGUCGGAAUCAUUGCGAACAAAUCAUAAAUGGCCCCACCUGGACGGCGAAUGUAUCAUACAUACUCCAUAGUAACUCGAACCGAACCUCAUACCAGCUAGACGCCACGCUGGCUCAGCCGUCAUAGACGAAGGUACGACCUG